AUGGCGCCCCCGCGCGAAGAGAAGAGCCAAUUGAAACGUCCAAGAGUGAGUCGCUUGUUAAUCUGCCCGGCCUUCUGGUGUGCGAUCCUAAACCGUCUUCCCCUGGCAAAGGGUUCUCUGCCAGACUCAGACACGGAGGCGAAGAAGCCCCGCCGCUCCGAGAGGUUAUCCGUCGAUAAGACCCCGGUUUCCCACAAACAGCACCUUCCGUCGCCCGUGACGCGAUCCGGAGACUCGGACGAUGUGUAUAAGGAGCCUACCGCGACGCCUCCCGAGGGUCGCCCCAGUCAGGUUAACCACCGCGAAAAGGACGACAACUCCCAGUCCCAGGCACACACCAACCUCUCCUCACCUCCACAGGACACACAGGCCUUUUCCCAGUACCCGGCCGAUAACAAGGAUGUGCUAUGUGACGAGGUCGAGGACGAGGUGAAGGAGGGCGUCUGGGGCUACCUGUUCCCGCUAGACACCAAGUACGGCAAGUGCUUGGUCAUGAAGAAGAGGGCAGCAUGCCCCAUGCCGGACAAGCUCGAGGCUAAGGAGACGGAGUCGGUAGAUAGGAAGGGUAAAUCGCCCCUGAAGAAGGAAGAGGAGGCCUACGAAAAGACCAAGAUCAAGGGCGUCGCCUCGGGCGGAUACCUGAUUGGACGUCAUCCGGAGUGUGACAUUGUUGUUGAAGACCCGGUGGUAUCAAAUCGACACUGCCUGUUAUUUACGGAGAACAAAGGCGGUGACACCGUGGCUAUCUUGGAGGAUUUGUCUAGCAACGGAACUUAUGUCAAUGAAGCCAACGUGGGUCGCAACAAGCGCAGAGAGCUCCAGGAGCAGGAUGAGAUCGCGGUGCUCGACAAGGCUCGUUUCAUCUUCAGAUACCCUAAGAGCCGGCAGACGAGCGCUUUUCUUCAGCAGUACACGCUACUGGAGAAGCUUGGCAAGGGCCACUUCGCCGAGGUCUUCCUUUGUGUCGAGAAAUCUACUGGCCAAAGGUACGCCGUCAAGAUCUUCACAAAGACUGCCGGCAUGGAGGAGAGAUCGAAACAGGAGGGUCUGCAACAGGAGAUUGCCGUUCUCAUGGGCGUUAGUCACCCCAACGUUCUAUGCUUGAAGGACACGUUUAACGAACGUAAUGCGGUGUACCUUGUCCUCGAGCUGGCUCCGGAAGGCGAACUGUUCAACUUCAUCGUCAUGAAGCAAAAGCUUACCGAGGAUGAGUCGCGCAAACUCUUUACGCAAUUGUUUCAGGGUAUCAAGUACCUGCAUGAUCGCAACAUUGUCCACAGGGACAUUAAGCCAGAGAACAUUCUGAUGGUCGACAGAGACUUGCACGUGAAGCUGGCUGAUUUCGGUUUGGCUAAAAUUAUUGGUGAAGAGUCAUUUACGACGACGCUGUGCGGAACACCCAGCUAUGUGGCGCCUGAAAUCUUGGCCGAGGGCAGGCACCGGAAGUACACCAAGGCUGUCGACAUUUGGUCACUCGGAGUUGUCCUUUACAUCUGCCUGUGCGGCUUCCCGCCGUUUUCAGACGAACUGUAUUCUAAGGACUUCCCGUUCACGCUGUCGCAACAGAUCAAGAGCGGCCGGUUCGAUUACCCUUCGCCAUACUGGGACUCAGUAGGCGACCCUGCUCUGGACCUUAUCGACUCAAUGCUGGUAGUUGAUCCCGAGCGUCGUUUUACAGUUGACCAAUGCCUCAACCACCCCUGGAUGACGCAGAAGCAACCAGGAGUCAACGACAGCACCGACGGCUUGGUGGGCGGCAUACAGGGCUUAGAAGUCCACCGCCGCGGUGUCGUCAGAGAGCGGACACUACUCAGCUCAAUGAACUCUGUAGCAGUUGCGGAAAGAUCCCCUGGCCCUAAGCAGAAACCAGUCAAGAUCUAUUCCAAGAACACGACGAAGUCGAUCAUGACACCAAAGGAGGCCGACCCUGCGUCCCAAAGAAACGUUGACGAAUUCGUGGAGAUGGGCGGCAAGGGCGAUCAGCCUCUGUUUGGCGAUGACGGCGAUAGCAUCUAUUCAAAGGCCGACAUUUCUACAGAAGCCCAGAACGGUAGCAAGGAGGAAUAA